AUGGUUGUAUCAUGUUCAGGGUAUGGGUGUACAAAUAGGCGACAGAAAGAAAACGGGAUACAUUUCCAUCGAUUUCCUCUAAGAAGACCAGACGUUUUAAAAAAAUGGUUACAUGAAAUACGACGAAAAAAUUUUACACCCAACCAGUACAGCUAUUUAUGCAGUGAACAUUUCACACCUAGUGAUUAUUUAAAUGAAUCUCGUCCAGAGUUAGAUAAGAAGUUGCUAAAAGAUGAAGCAGUUCCAUCAGUCUUUAAAUUUCCUCAGCAUUUACAAAAAAAACAAAAAGCUAGUCGUCCACUACUUCAAAAUCGUCAAAAGGCCAAUGAUCAAAAUAAUAUGAUUCAUGCAGAAAUAGUUAAUGAAGCUGGCGAAGAUUCAUCCACUAAUACCAUGUUUUACCAGAGUGAAACAUCUCACCAAAAGGAAGAUAAAAUGGUGCAGUGUAAUAUUAAAACUUUUAAUAAAAAAUUGUACCAAAACAAGAUUAAGAUAUUACAACAACGAUUGAAAAGAAGAAAUAGUAAAAUUAAAUCAUUAAAAGAUUUGAUUCUAAGAAUAAAAAAAAAUGUUACAUAUUCUGAUGAAGUAACUCAAAUGCUGGAAGAAAAUUUUGGUGGGUUUCCAUUAACAUUAUUAUUGCAUGAACAUAAGUCUAAAAUGCUUCAUAAGAAGGGUGUUCGCUAUACAAAUGCUAUGAAAGACUUUGCUAAAACCCUUUUUUUUUAUUCACCUAAAGCUUAUAAAUAUGUACGCAAAAUGUUCACGCUACCGCAUCCUUCAACUAUUAGAAAAUGGUUAAGUAGUACAGAAUGUGAACCUGGCUUCUUGGAAGAAGUAUUUUUGUUUUUGAAACAAGAAGUUUCUAAAAAUUCUUGGCUUCAAGAUUGUUCACUUGUUCAUGAUUCAAUGUCUUUAAGAAAGCAACUAGUUUGGGAACCAGAUAAAGGUAGAUAUGCAGGAAAUGUUGAUUUUGGUACUGGUGAAAAUUCUGAAUUAGCAACUGAAGCUUUAGUAUUAAUGAUAGUUAGCUUAACUAGACAGUUUAAAUGUCCUAUUGGUUUUUUUUAUGUCAACAAAAUUAACAGUAGUGUUUUAAGUACCUUAAUAUCUACUGCUAUUAUUAAACUUAAUGAGGUUGGAAUACAAGUAUCAAGUAUGGAAUGUAACUUGCGAUGGUGCUCCUUCUAA